AUGACUACUAGAGCCGUGGGUUCGGUGUUCGGAGGCUUCGCCGGCAAUCUCAUUUUCAGCCGUAUGAACACCCAGCUCGUGAUAGCGGCCUGUAUAUUCGCCAGCGGCGUGAGUGUGAUUCUCACCCCAGUCCUGAAGCAGCUGAUUUACCUCCAUGUUACGAAUUUCGUCUGUGGAAUGACCAUGUCGUUCACCGAAAUCGGGGCUCACGUGUGGAUUCAAGUUUUGUGGAAAGAAAAGAGCGGACCGAUUUUGCAGUUGUACAAUUUGAUAUUUGGAGUGGGGGGCAUCAUCGCGCCUCUGAUUUGCGAGCCUUUCCUCAGUCCCCAUGUACUCAAGAGGGCUCCGGAUCUCGAGGGCUUUCUGGACCCCGAAAGCAUCACGGAAGCGUCCCUCCUCCCUGAGUCCAAGUCGCGAGUAUCCGUAGCGUACGCUAUCAUGGGCACUGUAUUCCUCGCGAACGUCGUCAGUAUCCUUUUAUCGUACUGCGUCGAUAAGACCAAUCCAGUCCCGGAAAAGUCCCCGGAUUCUGCCGCUGUUGAGCUACCGAAGAAAAUGCGUUAUAUGAUCGUCUUCCUAACGACAACCUAUAUCAGCUUCGGAGUAGUGAGUGAAGUGGGCUUGGCGAAUUACAUCCCCACGUUCGUAUUGCGAACCGAGGGUCUCGAUUUCACCAAGUCCUCAGCGGCCUAUCUUUCCUCCGUGUUCUGGUCGAGCUACACGCUGAGCCGGGUCGUCACGACCGGGCUCAGUUUCGUGGUUGAUGUCUCGAAGCUGAUCAUGGGGUUCCAGAGCAUUCUGCUCUUUGCUUCAAUCUUCAUGGCGGUUUUCAUUAAGAACUCGACUCUCGUGGCCUGGGUUGGAAGCGCUUUUCUUGGUUUUGGGAUUGCGCCGUGCUUCGGGAAUGGUACGGUAUGGGCGGUCAAAUACAUUACUUUGACGCACAAUUGUAUGUGUAUCAUCAUGGUUAGCAUCUGCAUAGGAGCAACGCUACCAGCGUUGGUAAUUGGACCAUUCAUUGACACGAAACCAAUGAGUCUCAUGUACGGACAAGUGGGAGUUGUCAUAGUGCUGAGCCUUUGUGCCGUUUUGAUGCUCAUUUAUGAGCGUAAUCCAAGACUCCGAGAGCAUCAUCGGAAGCGGCGAGCCGGGGACUCAGAUACGGGCGAAGCGAAAACCCUCAAUACGAUCGAAAACGCUCAAGGAUAA